AUGGCUACGAUCGGACACAACAACCUCAAUGCCAAAUUGGUUCUUCUCGGGGACAUGGGUGCUGGGAAAUCCAGCCUCGUUUUGCGAUUUGUCAAAGGUCAAUUUCUUGAAUUUCAGGAAUCAACAAUAGGGGCAGCAUUCUUUUCGCAGACACUGGCAGUAAAUGAUGCAACGGUUAAGUUUGAGAUUUGGGACACAGCAGGACAAGAGAGGUACCAUAGCUUGGCUCCCAUGUAUUACAGAGGCGCUGCUGCCGCUAUCAUUGUCUAUGACAUCACUAGCUUGGACUCUUUUACCCGAGCUAAGAAGUGGGUCCAAGAGCUUCAAAAGCAAGGAAAUCCUAAUAUGGUCAUGGCUCUUGCUGGUAACAAAGCUGAUUUGGAAGAUAAGAGAAAAGUGACAGCUGAAGAAGCACGUGUAUACGCUGAAGAAAAUGGUUUGUUUUUCAUGGAGACCUCUGCCAAAACUGCAUCCAACGUUAAUGAUAUAUUCUAUGAAAUAGCCAAGAGGUUACCAAGGGCCCAGCCAGCUCAGAACCCAGCAGGGAUGGUUCUUGUUGAUAGACCAGCCGAAGGAACUAGGGCUGCGUCAUGCUGUUCAUAA